ACGCAUAGGUUGUUUAAUCUGCUGAGAUGAUUAAUAGCUAGAAUAGUUGAUUAUAGGCUAUGUUUUAUUGUGCACUUGUGGCGCAUUGUUCUUAGCCUAUUAUACUGGUUGUUACUUGUUAUCAGUUCAUAGUUUGCAUUUUAAACAGGUAGACUGUCUACUGCUAAUUUUUAGUUUAAAAUAUUUUAGUUUAAAAUGGCUUCACCAUCUGACUUUCUUUCAUUGAAUGCAAGUCCAGCAAGAAUAAAGAAAGGAAAGUUAUUUAAGAAUGGAAAGGUUUUUCGUCGUGGCAUGUCUCUUCACGGCCCUUUACCAGUUUGUACAUUUGGCCCAAAAGCAUCAACUUGCCCUGAUGUUUCACCAAGAGAAUACGAAAUGGAUCCAAAUGAUCAGAAGCUAAAGUGGUCUAAACCACCUGAGUCAGUGCUUGUAAUUAAACGACUUGACACUGAAACUAACAAACAGUUUGUUUCUCUUGUAACCUGGCUCAUGACAACAUUAAAAAUGAUUGUUUUUGUUGAAUCAAAGCUGCUUGAUGAUACCAACCUUAAAGGAAUGCAGGAUUUCUUUCCAGUGUAUAAAAAACUCAAGACAAAUUACUCAACAAAUGACAUUGAUAUGGUUAUUUGCCUUGGGGGCGAUGGAACACUUUUAUAUGCGGCGUCAUUGUUUCAAUCCAGCAUGCCUCCUGUGAUAGCAUUUCACUCUGGCUCAUUGGGCUUUAUAACAUCCCAUAAGUUUGAAAACUAUCAGGACACAAUUCAAAAUGUACGUUCAGGAAAUGCAAUUUUAAUGCUGAGAAGCAGGCUUCGCUGUUGCAUUUACAGGGAAUCUGUUAAUGGAAGUUUAAAUGAUGGCAUGGAAGGAAAAGAGACUCACAAUGACAAACCUAAUUCAUACCUUUGUCUUAAUGAAGUGGUUGUGAAUAGAGGCCAGAGUCAAUAUUUGUGUAAUAUCGACUUGUUUUUAGAAGGCCGACGAAUCACUUCUGUGCAGGGUGAUGGUUUAAUAAUUUCCACACCAACAGGAAGCACAGCAUAUGCUGUUGCAGCUGGUGCUUCAAUGGUUCACCCAAAUGUCCCAGCUAUUAUGGUUACCCCAAUCUGUCCUCAUUCAUUGUCCUUUAGGCCAAUAAUAGUUCCAGCAGGAGCUGAAUUAAAGUUUACAGUGUCUGAUAAUGCUCGGGGUCCUGCUUCUGUAUCCUUUGAUGGUAGACCGAGUAUUGAUAUAAUGAAAGGUGACUUUGUAACGGUACGCACUUCAGUGCAUCCUACACCAUGUGUUUGCAGAUCAAACCCUUUUGAUGACUGGUUUGAUUCUCUAAGUGAGUGUCUUCAUUGGAAUUCCAGAAGAAUACAAAAAGAUAUAAUUUAACUGCCUUUGACAAAACCAUACAAGCAUAUGCAAUGUUCCAUUGAUUUUAAUAUAUACGUAGGCUUUUUACUUCAAUCAAAUGCACUUUUUACAAUGGCCAUGCCAUGACUGACUAAAAUAUUUUUUGAGUAUUUUAUGCAAUGAAAAAUAGAUACAGUUGUAAUUAAAUCUCGUUUAUUGCAUUAACAGUUGCAAAAAUAUAUCUUUUUCAUCGACUGCUAUAUAUUCUUUUGCAAGAAAUAAUCAUAAUUAUUAGCUAAAGGAAGAAAUAAACCUAUUCCA